UGCUACAGCGUUGUGCGAUCCAUCUUCAUCCUUCAUACCCAAGACUCUACUUGGAUUCAAUCCUCCCCCGAUCACAAUCACAAUGCCGAAUUGCUACUGCGCCAAUUACUACGGCUCCGUCCACUGCCGCAACAUGGUGUCCAAGUUCGGCGACAGGUGUAAGCUCUGUCUGGCACUGAAGAGCGGCGCAUCCUUGAGCGAGGGCCUCCUCCCCCAGGACGAGCUGUGGAUGGUGUCUCCCAGGCCGAUGGCGAAGAGCAAGGAUAGCUCCCGAAGCAGCAGCGGCACGACGAGGUCGUCGAGGAUACCGAAUCACUGAGUUGGACCUCAGGGUGGUGGGAAAAUGGGCAAGAUUUUGAAGAGGGGGCCCCCAACGGCAGACGAAGGUUUACAGAGAGGAUUCGGGUGUAUAAGAGGUUCCGGCACUUAGACAAAAGCCGCCAAACCGGGGUCGUGGAAAACUGGGGGAUGGAUUGCGGUUUUUGAGCGUUGAACGGUCUCGGCGGUGUUUAUGAAUUGGGUUGGGUCAGGUUGUAACUUCAUAGCGUAGCGUGUAAAACCAAGA